UUUUCCUUUCAGACAUAACGUUUUUCAGUUGCAAUUCAUUUCUCGGAGGGUAAAGUCAUAUUUUAAUCACGAUCGUCCGGUCGCUUUCGUUUGCUUUGAACCGAAGUAUUUACAGUAAUUUCUGUCUUUGAGUGGAGUUGUGGAGUACAACCAGGUUGAGUCAUGCAACAUACCAUCAAACUCGCAAUAUUUCUGAGCUGCUUGUGCGCUCUAUCGGUGGGACUGGAUAAUGGACGAAUUAGCCAAGAUGAUUUUUGUUACGAGGACGAAGAUUGCGGACCUAAUAGUGUGGACUGGAAAGAUCAGUGUAAAACCGGAACACGUCAGAGUCCAAUAAAUUUGCCCCACGUACCACAUUUCCAACGGACUCGGCGCGUCGAAUUAGAUUUUAACGAAUAUUAUUGCAGUGAUGAAUUUUGGAUUACCGACACCGGACACACAAUUCGGGUGACCUUAGAGCCUGAGGCAACAUCUUUUGGCAAGAUGAGUGGCUAUGAAUUCAGUUACCCGUACAUAUUUGCGGAAAUUCAUUUUCACUGGGGCUAUGGUUCGAACAAUGGCUCAGAGCAUGCAAUCGAUAACGAGUAUUUCGCAAUGGAAGCACAUCUUGUACAUUACGACGCUAAAUACGAUAAUUACACUGCAGCUGUGAAUUCAGGUGAUCCAAAAGGUGUAGCAGUGGUUGCCGUAUUUAUCGCAGAAGGAAGCGAUUUGAGCUAUAAUUCUGGUUUCGACACCAUUGCCACUAAUAUUCCCAAGAUCGGUCGUAAUGCCACACAUAUCCGUCAACGAAUCGAUCUAUCUACAUUUUUACCCGAAAGAGGAGAGUAUUUCUACCGAUAUUAUGGUUCAUUGACAACGCCAGACUGUAACGAAGUUGUUGAAUGGACUGUUGUAAAGAAUCCGAUUCGUGUGAGUCCAUCACUGAUUCAGAAGUUUCGCAACGUAAAGAAAUCGCGGACAAGGCGUAUUGGAGAGAAUGUACGGCCAAUUCAAGAACGCGGUGAGAGGAUCGUUAAGUACUUGGCGAAAAAGUAAUCGUAAAUGUUGUUAACGAUGGUUAAGAAGAAUUAGAUGUUGUUUUUUUGUUGAAAUUU